GAGUGCCUUCCUGCCUUCUACGGAAGGAUUUCUGUAAUCCAGCUGCUACCUCGCUAUAAAAAGCUAGCGCUGCGGCGACAUUAUCAACAGUUCUUCACGAACAACAGCAACAAGAUGAUCCGCAACACGAUUGCAGUUUUUGGUUUCUUCGUAGUGUUUGCAUCGAUGGUCGUUGAAGCUGCACCUUUCUUGGGUCUGAUAGAAGGUUUGCUUGGCGGACAUCAUCAUCAUCACGACCAUCACCACGGACAUGGUGGCUAUGGUUACGGUGGCUAUCCUGGUGGCUACGGAGGCUAUCCUGGUGGUUACGGAGGCUAUCCUGGUGGUUACGGGGGUUACGGUGGAUACGGCGGAUACGGAUAUGGUGGACAUCAUUUCGGCAAAUAAGCCUAUUAAACCAAAGACAAUGGCCUGCGCGACAAAGAAAAUAUUUAAAUGAAGUUCUUCACUGAAUCUUCUACAUUUUCGGAUGAGAUUAUAUUACCAAUAAAAGAUAAACGUUCCUGUUUGUAAAA